AUGGAUGAAGUUGUUCCAAUCGAUUCACUUUACAACGACGAACAUGUUCCUGAAGAACUUUACGCACUUGUUCAAAAUAAUUUAGUAGAUCAACUUACUGAUCGUUUAGACAGUCUUACCCAUCCAAUAGAAUAUUUGACGGCCGUGAGCUGGCAUGGGAAAGAAAAGUUAAGUUUAUUAAUGGUUGCAGCGCUCAAUGGAUAUGAGGACACAGUGCGAAUUCUAUUCGCUCAUUGUCCACCUCAAUAUCAGAUUGAGUUGAAAGGAAGAGUAGCUGUUUCUGAGGGAUAUUUCAUUGGUGGUAUGACAGCACUUCAAUGUGCCUGUUAUCGAGCGCAUUUCACUUUAGCUAAAACUUUAAUUGACAUGGGCGGAGCCGAUAUUAAUAAUGAUAAUGACGACGAUAUAGGUUAUCCACUACUCAUUCAAGCUAGUGAGCACAAUCGUCUUGAUAUCGUUCGUUUUCUCAUUGAAAAUGGUUACUCUGACAUUAACAAGACGCAGUCCAAUGAUCAAGACCGAUGCACUGCUCUGAUAUGGGCUGCUUUCAAAGGCUACACAACGAUGAUCGAAUAUUUACUUGAAAAGGGUGCUGACAUUAACUAUUCUUGUAAAAGUGGCGAAAUGCUUGCACCAACACCAAUCACAUGUGCCGUUCUUCGAGGUAAUGUCGCUGCUGUACAAUUGUUAUGCGAUGCAGAUGCGGAUACAAGUGUCAAGUUCACUGAUGGUGCAACACUUCUUAUGGCUGCUGCCGAACGAAAAUAUUUUGAUGUAGUCGAGUUUCUACUCAAUCGAUCUAUAGGUACUACCGAUGAGCUCGAGCUUAGUGCUUGUUCACUGGUUACCGCCAGUUCACCAAUAAAACAAUUGCACCAUGCAUCAGAGCUCUUGACUCUUGCUAUUAAAUAUCGUGUAUCGACUCAGACUUUAAAAACUUGCAUACAAUCAACUGUUGCAUACGAUUAUCAUCAAGAAUGUCAAACAGUUGACGAACUUGAUGCUAUUAAAGAUGAUCAUGAUCGAAUGUGGAUCGAAACAGCACUUAUUCGAGAGAGGAUUCUACUCCCGCGACAUGAUUCUAGUUUCAUGAGAUCACUGCAUGAUCGUGGUGAUUUAUUAGUAUCCAGAGGCGAGUUUGAAAAGUGUCUUCAUUUGUGGAUUCAUGCGUUUUACCUCUACCAACAUAUGGAGAUUAGCACUUCUCUUCAUAAAUUCGUAUGGUUAUUCUGCAAGAUGAUUACAAAAAAUCAUCAAAUAUCUAUUGAUGGAUUUUUAAAGGCUUGCUACUUGGCAUUCGAAUCAUCGCAAAGUAAAUCCGACGACGAGACUAUUGGCAAUGCACUGUGUCUGGUCAUAAUUGCAACUAAGAUUCUGGAAUUGCAGAUCAUGAAGAACGAAGACCAAGUAUUGAUAUUUCAAUGGAUUUCGAAGUUGUGCCGUCUAAAUCUAGUAACUCAAGAAGGGAAAACUCUACUUCAUUUAUGCGCGGAUAAUAAUCUUAAUGAGGCUCUUAACUGGCGUCGUGAUGAUAUUCUACUACACAUUCGAUUUCCAAAUGAGUCUGUUCUUCAAUUAUUACUUACUUGUGCACAUCAUUGGCCGGAUUUAGAUGCUGCUGAACGGAUAGGUGGUAGUACAGCGCUACAUUUAGCAUGUCAACAAUCUAAUGAACCGACUAUCAUCAAAUGCCUAGUAAAUGCCGGUGCUCACAUCGAUUGCGUAAAUUUAUAUGGAGAAACUCCUAUAGACUGUACAAAAAACGAAAACAUGAUAGCUUUUUUGGCUUCUAAAUUAUUUCCAUGUCGUUUAAAAUGCUUGUGUGCUCGUCUCAUCGCUGACAAACGACUAAACACCAAUCAUCAUGAUCAAUUGACAUCACACUUGAACAAAUUCAUCUUAUUGCAUGAUCGGCGAAGGGUAGAAUGCAAUUUUUAG